GUGAGAGCAUUUUAGUUUGCAAGCCCUCAGAAAGAUCAAAAGGAACUGCUCUACUUCAGGGAUCUCUCAAGCCUGUUUGCAGCUGUUUGCUUAGAAGAGAAGGGGAAGGUGUUGCUUCCAGCAUGAAAAGAGCAAUACUUGAGAUCAUAGUGGGGGGAGUGGCCAACACUCCAGAUGAUGUACAGACCUAUGCUUCUUGCACUCUUCUUGCAUCCAGCUUGAAAGAAAGCAAGUGGGAAAAUGAGAAAGCCCAAGACAGCGCGCAGGCUGGACCUAUUGAGGCUUGUGUGGCAUGGUUGCUGGAAAAUGAAUUCAUUCACGUUCUGGAGUCUGGCAAUGAUGCAAAAGGUAAUGUUGCAAAGGUUUAUCAUCCAACACAUCUUGGCUCAGCUACUCUUUCCUCUUCUCUUUCACCAAGUGAAGCCAUGGAAAUCUUUGCUGACCUGCAGCGAGCUAUGAAAAGCUUUGUUCUGGAGAAUGAUCUACAUAUUGUCUAUUUGGUCACCCCAGUGUAUGAGGACUGGACCACAAUUGAUUGGUACCAGUUUUUCUGCUUAUGGGAGAAGCUGCCUGCCUCAAUGAAACGUGUGGCUGAGCUGGUGGGGAUUGAAGAAGGCUUUCUAGCUCGCUCUGUAAAGGGCAAAAUCAUAGCUAAAACAGAGAAACAGCACAGACAAAUGGCCAUCCACAAAAGGUUUUUCACCAGUCUUGCCCUUCUGGAUUUAAUCAGUGAGGUUCCCUUACAGGAUAUGACCAAGAAAUAUGGCUGCAGUCGUGGCCAGCUUCAGUCCUUGCAGCAAUCUGCUGCCACUUAUGCAGGAAUGAUAACAGUUUUCUGUAAUCGACUGGGCUGGCACAACAUGGAGCUGCUCCUCUCACAGUUCCAGAGCCGCCUCACUUUUGGGGUUCAUAGGGAGCUUUGUGACCUGGUACGAGUGUCCCUGCUGAAUGCACAGCGUGCCAGGACACUCUACAAUGCUGGCUUUGUCACCGUGGCUGAUCUUGCAAAAGCCAGUCCUGAUGAUGUGGCAACUGCUCUGAAGAAUUCAGUACCGUUCAAAAGUGUUCGUAGGGCUGUGGAUGAAGACGAAGAGUCAGCAGAGGAACGUCGGACUGUGCGUAGCAUCUGGAUGGCUGGAAUGAAAGGCUUAACUGAAAGAGAAGCAGCUUCCAUCAUUGUGGAGGAAGCCAGGACACUUCUGCAGCAGGAUUUGGCACUGAUGGGAGUGCAGUGGAACCCAGAGUCUUUUCUCGAGAGUGAUACAUCCUCUAUGAUCAGCAGUGAGUCAGAACUGGAAGACAGACUGCACAGAUCAGAUGGAGAGCAGUCUUCUGACUCUUCAAGGGUGUUAAGCAAAAAAGAGUGCAGAGCUCAACAUCAAAAUGGCCUUGGUUUGCAGACUGGAAACUUACCAUUUAUUAGAAAGGGAUAUAAAAGGCGACUAAGCAGCAGCACAGAAAACUCUGUAUUUGAGAGUGAAGUCCCAGACAGGAGACAGGCUCGAGCAGAGGAAGGCAAGGGGGAUAUUGUGUACAGUGCUAGAAAACGGCCAAAUACAUGUGGAGAUGUGAACACUGCUGAGAUGAGGAUUGAUAAGCAGGAGAUGGCUUUAGACACAGAUCAUGGUAAAGUAACUGCUAGCUGCUCUGGAAGUGGACAUGUCCAUCGUGACAGCAGGAUAUGGAAGCCUGUGCAUUUUUGUCCUGGUGAGGACAAAACCUGCAAUAUUCGGAUUCAGAAUGGUGGCAGAAAUGGCAGUGAAAAGCCCAAUGAAAUAUUGUUACAAGCUGAAACACUGCAGAAAGGCAGCAGUGAUCCUAAGGAUUUUCUGAAAGAGUCUCUAGUAAAAUCCAGAGGUGUUUGCAAUGCAGAUGAUGUUCAGCAGAGUCCUGCCUCUGAUAUGUUUUCUGGCUCUAGAGGCUUUGAAGACAGCUUCCAGUUGGAUACUCAAACUGAGAUGAUAAUAAAACAGGAGGGAGCAGCUGGAAUCACAGGACAGCAGGGAAUACAAAGUUCAGAGCUGGCAGCAAUGCCACUGCAGGAAAUCUCGAAGAAACAAAGCAGUUUAUGGACUGAGAAUGCUACUGAUGAAAGGCUGGUUGAAACAGUUAGGAAACUGAGCUUAUCAAGUCUUAUCACAACAAAUAACAUUACAAAAAACACAACUCAACACUGUAGUAAUAAAGUUUUGGAGUCUGGAGACCUUAAUUUAUGGCCCGUAGUGAGGGAAAUAGAAUCUGCACCUUUCUUUAAAGAAAGUGAUUUCUCAGUGACUGACUCACAGCUACACAGCUUUCUGCAAGAUUACCAGACCCAAAAUGCAGUGAAAGGGUACAGUGUGUCUAAAGACCUUAAUAAAGCAACCUCCCAUUUUGGUAAGGAACACAUUGUACAAGCAGAAUGCCACCCUGUCCCCGAGACAAGCCUAAACAUGAGCGAUAGCUUGCUGUUUGAUGAUAGCUUCAGCAAUGUCAUUGACCUUUCAGCUGUUCACAUCGUGGAGGCUGAUGAAAAGGACCCUGUGGAGAAGCAAGAGGCUUUGCUUCCUCCAGAUGGUCUUUUGCAGAGUCUAAGGCCUGUUCAGAAUAAAUUUGAUGUCAGUGGCAAUCAGGAAGAGCAUGAGGAUCCUGUACAGCGUGACAAUGUGUCUGUAGCAUCCUCAGAUCUAAUAGCUGAAGUUUUAGAUCAUGGAAACUCUCCGUCUUUUCUGAAAGAUCUUCCUUCUGCAUUUCACGGUCAGUCAGGAUUAAGAAACCCAGUGAUUUGUAACAAUGGCCCUAGACCAAAGGAUUUAGUAGGAGAUCAAGUUGAAAAGCUCCAGACAAGCCAGCAAGCUUUAGAUAAGAAAUCCCAUCCAGUGAUGUGGACUGACUGCUCAUUUGAACUAAGCCCAGGAUUGCAAGAUGUGUUAGACCAAUGGCCUAGUCCCUCAGACAUUGAAUCAGUGUCACUUUUUCCAAAGAGUUCUGUUUCUGUGAAAUCCACAGGAAGGAGACAAGUCAGCUGCACAAAUGAAGGGCAGACGAUUCAGUCACAGCAGAAUAGUGAGGACAAUGCAGAGCAGCAGGUAAAGACACUCUGUGGCAAUCUUGAUAGUCUGGACCCGAUUGAGACUGAUGAGAUAAAGGAUGAUUCUGCUAUAGACCAAGGCUUUUCACUGCAGCUAUCUCAGGACGUUUUUCCACUUGUUCCCUCAAGUGCUGAAAGUUUCACUAUUAUUGAUGUAGCAAGUGACAAAGCACUUUUCCAGACUUUUGUUGCGGAAUGGAAGGAGAAAAGCAGAUUCUCCAUCUCAGUGGCUUGUGAAAGAACAAAAUGUCUUCUGUCUCCCAAAUCAACAAUUGGUGGAAAAUUCAAAAAAGUGAGUUCUCCUCAGUGGAUGCAAGUUAAAGAUGAUGGAUUUCCUGUCCAAGGCUGUGAAGACAUCUUGGUAGUUGGCCUGGCAGUAUGCUGGGGUGGAAAAGAUGCCUACUAUAUCUCUUUGCAGCAGAUACAAGACCAGGCUGAAAUCAGUAUGAGUUUGGCACCACCACCUUUGGACAAAAACCUAUCUGUAACAGAGAGACUGUAUCAUCUGCAGCUGUAUUUGCAGAAGAAGCCCAAGCAGGAGCGCUCACUUAUCAUGUAUAACUUCAUUCAGCACUACAAAACUCUGGUGAUGGCUUGUGGCAUCUCCUUGGAAGGAAGUUUUGAGGACCCAAAGGUUGCAUGUUGGCUGCUUGAUUCCGACUCUAAGGAACGUACACUUCACAACAUGGUGACUAACUUUCUCCCCGAUGAGUUACCCCUGCUGGAAGGAAUAGGCACCGGCCAAGGGGUGCAGAGCCUGGGGCUUAGUGCCAGUGGAGAUCAUACUGGGAGGUACAGAGCCUCAAUAGAGUCUGUGCUUAUCUUCAAUGUCAUGAACCAACUCCGUCAUGAACUGCAGAAGGAAAAUCUGACAGAUGUAUUUUCUAAAGUGGAGAUGCCCACCCAUUAUUGCUUGGCUCUGCUGGAGCUGAAUGGCAUUGGUUUUAGCACAACAGCAUAUGAAACCCAGAAACAGGUCAUGCAAGCUAAAUUGAGCCAGAUUGAGACCAAGGCAUAUCAGCUAGCAGGCCACAGCUUCUCCUUGACCAGCCCUGAUGACAUCGCAGAG